GGGGAAAGAGGAAGGGUAAGAAGAGUAAGAAACAGAAUAACUGAUGACAUCAGAGCUACAAUAGUGGACCAUGUCAUCAACCAUGGGAUGACCCUGAGGGAAGCUGGCCAACGGGUUCAGCCUAAACUGAGCCGCUACACUGUGGCAGGCAUCAUUAGGACAUUUCGAAAUGAGAAUCGAAUUGCUAGACGUCCAGAUGUUGGGGGCAGAGGCAGAAUGUUCACUCCAGAGCAAGAGACCCAUAUAGUGAACAUGGUGAUUGCCAAUAAUGCAAUAAGACUGCGCGAAAUACAGCAGCGCAUAAUUGAUAAUGACACCAUCUUUCAAAAUAUACACCGUGCAAGCAUUUCUGCACUGAGUCGUGUAUUUGUGCGCCACAGAAUAAGAAUGAAGCAAAUUUACAGAGUUCCUUUCGAGAGAAACACAGAACGUGUAAAGCAACUGCGAUAUGACUAUGUGCAGAGAGUGAUGGAACUAGAAGCAGAUGCAAUGGGACAUGAGCUACUUUUUGUGGAUGAGGCCGGUUUUAACCUCAGUAAAACCAGGAGACGUGGCAGGAACAUUAUUGGACACCGUGCCAUCAUCAAUGUCCCAGGACAACGUGGUGGUAACAUAACCAUGUGUGCAGCUAUAAGCCAAAAUGGUGUUGUUCACCAUCAUGCAACCAUAGGCCCAUACAACACUGCACACAUUAUUGCAUUCCUGGACACCUUGCAUGACAUGCUCACUGUUCAGAGACCAGAGCAGACCUGAUAUGUCAUCAUAUGGGACAAUGUUAGUUUCCAUAGGGCUGCUUUGGUCCGCAACUGGUUUACAGACCACCCAUCCUUCAUGGCACUCAACCUCCCUCCAUACUCUCCAUUCUUAAAUCCCAUCGAGGAGUUCUUCUCUGCCUGGCGCUGGAAAGUGUACGACCGUCAUCCUCAUCAACAGGUAGCCCUUUUACAGGCAGUGGAGGAGGCAUGUGGAGAUAUUGACCAGGCAUCAUGUCAGGCCUGGAUACGGCAUUCAAGGAGAUAUUUUCCCCGGCGCCUUGGACUGGAGGAUAUCGCAUGCGAUGUGGACGAAAUUUUGUGGCCGGACCCAGAAAGACGACAUGAUGUAGGCUGAUUGUCUUUUUUUCCUUUUUUUGUGAAAUUCCUAUUCUGUGUUCUGACUUUGUCUUGGUUUUGAUGAGUGUGAAUAAACACCAAUACUUGAAGUUUGGAUCCUUGUAUGUUUACAUGACACUAUGACAAAAGUGUGACCUCUAAUUGACAUCUGUACACAGAGAAAGCAAAAGCCAGAUGUGUUUUGUAUUCAUACCAUCAGUGUGCAGUUGGCGCAUUGUGUGCUUAGUAGA